AUGAAACGGAGACCAGAUUCCGGAGUAGCGACCCAAGACUCGAAGAGACAGUCUCGCCAAGAUCCCGUAUCCUGUGAGUCCUGUCGAAAGAAGAAGCUCAAGUGUGACAGAGACCUCCCAUGCAGUAGCUGCUCUGCGCGAAAACUGGACUGCAGCUAUGGUGGCUAUGGCCCGGGUACAAAGUACGCACAAGCCACGGGCCAAACGGAUCAGAGGCCCACGUUGAGCGAUCCGGUGUCUAGGCCACCCCGGACUUUGCAGUGGACUCGACAACAGGAGACAGAGACACAAACCCACGACGGAAAUGAGCCCCUUUUGACGGCCGAUUGGCUUGAGACAAUUGUUAUGGGUCACCGCGUCCCGAGUGCAGUCCCCGCUACGUUGAGGGCGGAGCUUUUCCACCAUCAAGAAUCCGAGCGCUCGCCUUCACAACGAAAUAACACACCUGGCAAUCGAUUUCCUGCGAUGCGCGACAGGCUCGCCUCUCGUGAGAAUCCGGCGACUAUCCAUCUGCCGUCGUAUUUGCCACCGCUGAAAGAAGCCCUGAGUCUGUUUCGAUAUUAUUGUAAAUAUCUUGACUUCCAGUAUCAUCUCAUCAUACCCAGUCACGUGGAACGACAGAUCGAGACAAUUUACGAUUGCGUUGCACGAAAUGAGACUAUCAAUUUGGCCCAUACUGCGCUGCUGUUUGGUAUCGCUGCUACUGCUUUGUAUUAUCAACUCCUAAUAGAGUCACCCGAGCACGCAGAGCCAUUCAGCCAGGAAAGUACAUUUUUAGCAGGAGCAGCAUUGAUUCAGAGCAAUUAUAUUCCUUAUCCCAGCCUCGAAGGACUGCAAGCGACUAUGAUCAUUGGCCAUCAUUUGUCCAAUAUGAACUUGCCCUCCUCCGUCAGUCCGUUAUUUGUGCAUAGGUCAUUUGUGAGUCAAGCCACUGGUAUGGGACUUCAUCUUGUCGACUGUCCUCGGGUUGUAUCCGAACGCUCAGCAAAUGGAUUUGAUAAAACCAGUGUUGAACUCAAGCGACGGUUGUGGUGGGACUUGGCAACAUACGACUGGUUAAUGGGCUUCUUGAGCGGACCCCAAGAGUGGACGUACUCGAUCCAACCUCAGCAUAUGGUCGUACAAGAGCCUCUCAAUGUCGAAGAUCACGAAAUCGAUCAUAGCGAGAACGGUGUUCCUCUGUCUACUCCGACCGCAAUGUCAUACAGUCUAUGUCGAUUGAAGUUGGCUAUUGUGUGUCGCCAAAUAGUGGACGAAACUUCCUACUACCAUUUCCAUGGACAAGAAGUACCCUAUGAGAAGAUACUCGGGCUUGAUCAAAAGCUUCACAAUAUUUGCGCCGAGAUUCCUAGCUUCUUUCGCUUUGAUCAAGCCUCCCGGCGUGAAUACUCAGCGCUCUAUCAUGCGCGACCAACUCUUGCAUGGCAGCGAGCUCUGGUCAACCAGGGCUACCAUUCACGUCUAUGUCGCUUGCAUCGCCACUACCUCGUGAGUGGGGCAAAGGAUCCCAAAUAUUCCUAUUCGCAUGUUGUAUCCCUUCAGUCUGCACGGAAGGUGCUUGAAGUGAAACGCAUUAUGGACGAGGAAGAGCCUGUGUUCACACCACAUAGCUCGGUCAUAUGGGCAGUCAUGCACCAUGUGUUUAUGGCAGCUGCCAUUCUUCUGAUAGAUGUAUGUUUCAACUGGGAUGACAUUCUUGCCGAGAAACGAAAAGAGGAAGUACUCGACGCUUGUCGAAUGCUCAGCCGGGCGCAACAAUCAUCGCCCAUCGCACGUGAAGGAAUUAACGCAAUGAUGGGGAUCUUGCGAAGGCAUUGGAGACACCAAAAAAGAGCAAGCUCUCGCAACUCACAGGAGCUCUCUGCAUUUUCGGAUUCAAAUGCCACAACGACAAAUACCCCGGAUAUCCCCACACCCAUUUCAUUGGGUUCCAAGAGCGCCACAUUUACACCAGGAAUUCCCAAUGAUCAAUCGAUAGUGUAUAAUUCAGAAGAUGCAUUUUUUGAUCCAUUGCCUCUUGAAGACAUAUGGGCAGAGAUGCUAGAUAGCAGCAUUAAUGUUGAGCUGAAUACACCAGACUGGACAGACUUGCUCACCGAGUUGACAAAUGUUACUUUGCCAAGCGAGUAA